AUGGUUAGCAUUACUGAACAAACCGCUAUUUUAGCUAAAUAUCUUGAUUUACCUCAAAAUGGUAAAAUUCUUGCUGAAUACGUCUGGAUUGACGCUGAAGGUAAUACUAGAUCUAAAUGUAGAACUUUAGCUAGUAGUCCAUCAUCUGUUGAUGAUUUACCAGAAUGGAAUUUUGAUGGUUCCUCCACUGGUCAAGCCCCAGGUCAUGAUUCUGAUGUCUAUUUAAGACCUGUUGCUUAUUAUAAAGAUCCUUUUAGAAAGGGUGAUAACAUUAUUGUUUUAACUGAAUGUUGGAAUAAUGAUGGUACUCCAAACAAAUUUAACCACAGACACGAGUGUGCUAAAUUAAUGACUGCUCAUGCUGAUGAAGAAGUUUGGUUUGGUUUAGAACAAGAAUAUACUCUUUUCGAUCAAUUUGAUAAUGUUUAUGCUUGGCCAAAGGGUGGUUUCCCAGCUCCUCAAGGUCCUUACUAUUGUGGUGUUGGUACCGGUAAAGUUUAUGCCAGAGAUGUUAUUGAAGCUCAUUACAGAGCUUGUUUAUAUGCUGGUGUUACCAUUUCUGGUAUUAACGCUGAAGUUAUGCCAUCUCAAUGGGAAUUCCAAGUUGGUCCAUGUGUUGGUAUUAACAUGGGUGACGAAUUAUGGAUUGCCCGUUACUUAUUACAAAGAGUUGCUGAAGAAUUUGGUGUUAAGAUUUCUUUCCAUCCAAAACCAUUAAAGGGUGACUGGAAUGGUGCUGGUUGUCACACUAAUGUUUCUACCAAGACUAUGAGAGUACCAGGUGGUAUGAAAGAUAUUGAAGUUGCAUUAAGUAAAUUAGCCAAGAGACAUAAGGAACAUGUUUUAUUAUAUGGUGCUGAUAACGAUUUAAGAUUAACUGGUAGACAUGAAACUGCUUCUAUUGAAAAUUUCUCUUCUGGUGUUGCUAACAGAGGUGCUUCUAUUAGAAUCCCAAGAUCUGUCGCUAAGGAAGGUUAUGGUUAUUUCGAAGAUAGAAGACCAGCUUCUAACAUUGAUCCAUACUUAGUCACUGGUAUUAUGGUUGAAACCAUUUGUGGUUCCAUUCCAGAUGCUGAUAUGACCAAGGAAUUUGCCAGAGAAAGUUCUGAUUAA